AUGAGACCACAUUUGUCAGUGUCAGAUGUAUUUGUUCUGCUCCUUUCUCUCAACACCUGGCUUGUGAAUGGCCAAUCACCUCCUGGAAAGCCUACAAUAAUAAGUUGCCAGUCCUCAGGAAAUGAAGCAUUUACUUGCCGAUGGAAACCUGGUUCAGAUGGGAGGCUUCCGACAAAUUACACUCUACUGUACAACACAGAAGGAGAAAGAGAGGCUCGUGAAUGCCUGGACUACAUAUCUGCAGGUCCCAAUUCCUGUUAUUUUAAUCAAGAAUUCACUAAACGUUGGACAACAUACAACAUUACAGUUAAGGCUAUUAAUGAUAUGGGCAGCAAUAUCUCUGAUCCUCAGUUUGUGGAUUUAAGGUACUUAGUGCAGCCAGACUCUCCUACAGAUCUAUCCCUGAAAGUCAGACAAUCGGAUGGAAUAAGGUACGUCUGGGCGAAAUGGUCACCACCUCCGUGGGUCGAUGAUUCCACAGGCUGGCAAACCUGUAAUUACGAAUUGCGACUAAAACCAGAGGGAGGCAAAGAAUGGGAGGUUCAUUUUGUGGGGCGUCAAACACAAUAUAAAAUGUCUCAUUUGCUCCCGGGAGUGAAAUACACCGUCCAGGUUCGCUCUGUUACAGACCAUUAUGGAAGGAGCAAAUGGAGCCUGGCAUCUUCCAUCCAAGUCCACAGUGGCCAGCCUCCAGGAAAGCCAACGAUAAUAAAAUGUCGCUCUCCUGAAAAAGAAACUUUUGCUUGCUGGUGGAAGCCCGGUUCUGAUGGACGUCUCCCUUGCAAUUAUACUCUGCUGUAUAACAAGGAAGGAGAACAAAAGUACCUGGAGUGCCCAGAUUACACAACUGCAGGAUCUAACUCCUGUUAUUUUGAUAAAAAGCAUACAAAACUUUGGAUAACAUAUAAUAUUACUGUGAAGGCAACUAAUGAGAUGGGUAGUAGCGUCUCUGACCCUCAUUAUGUGGAUGUGGCAAAUAUAGUUCAGCCAUAUCCACCGGAAAACCUGACUCUGGAAUUUGAGAAAAAAGUAUAUGGAGAAUAUCUGUUGUUGAACUGGACUGCGCCUUCCCUGGGUGACGUCAGAUCUGGCUGGCUAACAUUUGAGUAUGAGUUACAGAUAAAACCUGAAGAAGGACAAGAGUGGGAAAAAAUAUUUGUUGGGCAGAGAAAAACAUAUAAAAUGUUCAGUGUAAACCCAGGACAAAAAUAUGUUGCACAGGUUCGCUGCAGGGCAGACCUUGGAAUUUGGAGUGAAUGGAGCCCUAAAAGUUAUAUUAAGCUUCAAAAAGAAAUCCAAACGGAACUGAAAGAUAUUCUAGUUUGGACCUUUGUGGCUUUUUUAUUACUUGCCAUAUGCGUGAUUAUGAUCUGGACCCUGGUAUUGAAAAGAACUGACAUGGUGGCCCGCAUUUUGCCUCCUGUUCCAGGACCAAAGAUAAAAGGCCUUGAUGCUCAGCUGCUAGAGGCAGGAAAAACUGAAGAAUUAUUGAGUGCUCUUGAUUGCCAGGGUUUCCCUCCAACUUCAGAUUAUGAGGACCUGCUGGUAGAAUGUUUGGAAAUAGAUGACAGUGAAGAACAGCAGUUAAUGCCAAAUCGUGAAAACAGUCUUCCCAGUCGAAAUGUAAAGUUGGUACAGCAGGAAACAGACAGUGACUCAGGGAGAGGAAGCUGCGAGAGUCCUUCUCUGUUGUCAGAGAAACGCAAGGAAGCCAGAAAUCCAGCCUUUGAAUUGAAAGUACCAGUUACCAAUGAGGACCAAAGCAACAUUGGUGCAAAAGACAUUCCAGAAACACCAAACAUAGAUCCUGAAAGACAGCUCCCCUGGUUUAGCAGUAGUGGAUCAAAGGCAUCCACAUGGCCUGGAAUGCAACAAGCCAAUUGUCAGAUUCCCUGUCAUGACACUGUGGGGGCACAUAAAACAGCAUUCAGUGCCAUGAAUGUAAAGAGAUUGCCUAUUUUUAUACAGUGUUUUGAAAAAUAUUGUUCACAACAUUCUAAGCCAACUGAGACUAUUAGCAAUGGGAAAGCUGCAAGUUUACCCUUCAGUGCUCACCAUGACCAAGGAACAUUGUGGCUACUACCUCCAGAGAAAUCAACUUUCUUUUCUACAAAGCCAAUGGAUUAUGUUGAAGUUCACAAAGUCAACCAGAAUGGAAUGCUGGCUGUAUUACCAAAACAGAAAGAAAAUUUUGGAAAAACUGAAAGGCAACCUAUAUCUGGAGAUACUAUGGAAUACACCAAAGUUUCAACAGUUGUAACAAACAAUAUUUUGGUAUUAUUCCCAGAUCCCAAAAGGAAGGUUUUCUCUUCCUUUCAGGAGCCACCAAAGGAACCCAUCCAGAGCUCUCAGCACAGCCAAGCAGAGAAAAAUUUGAGCAACAGCCCCAUAGCUCCAAGCACUUGCAAAAUACAGACUGGUGGAUUAGAUUACAUGGAUCCAAGUAAUUUUAUGCCCGUCUUUAAUUAA